AUGAUGGUAAAACAAGAGGAUCCGUUGAAUGAGAUUAGCCCGAAUACUCCAAUGACGAAAAAUUGUUAUUUAUUGAACGAAACAUUGGAAAAAGUGCAUCACGGAAACCAAGUAAGAACGGCAGCUUCGAUGUUGACUGGAGACAAUCCAACUGAUUUUGAUGGGAUACUUACAAUGCAUAAUAAUAUAAUACGUGACUUUCUGAAGACUGCAAGCAGCAAUGCAGAAUUUGCCAUGGAAAAUAUCACUAGUGUUGACCGUUCAUUAACUUCGAUAUAUUACCUAUUAAAAAGCCGUCAUAUGUUGAGCCAUAUGAACUCCACUGUCAAGCAACACAUGAUGAUAAUUGUCAAACUUAUCAAUUUUAACGCAUUAGGACUAGCGUCAUCUGAAAUCAUUUCUCUUUACAAUGAAACGAACCUAUUUCAAGCUCAUAAUCUGAAAAAUAUUCUUCUUGCAGACUUCAAUACAUGGAAUGAAUACUACCUUUCAAAUUUAAAAAUAUUGGCACUGCAGCUUAUACUGAAGAGAAAGCUCGUGGAAGAGUAUUUACCGCAUGUGUUGGAAAUAUUUUCCCAUGACGAAAGGUUCCUGCUGAAAGACCCUAAUCUCAAAAUGCAUGCGCUUAUAAAAAUAGUUUUGAGCUUCUUUUCUGUCACAUCAACUUGUAAAAUCUUAUUUGGACUGAAAUUUUUACAAUAUAUCAAGCAGUACAAACUACCUUUCAAAAACUACGUCGAGAAUAUCAGUACUGAUAGUUUUAGCAAAAAACUUCUCCAUAAAAGUUAUCUCGACAUGGGACCUAAUAAAGUAUAUUUAAACUCAUUUUACUCAUCAUAUUCCAAGUUGUACGGUGGCCUGGAUAAGAUAAUGCUCCUAGAUCUUUUGGUCUACGAAGAAGCAGCCGAUAUGCAAGGCGUGACAAGAGUGAAAAAAGAGCUUAGCGAAUGCUGUGACAUGAAUGAAAAUCGCCUUCUUUGGUCCUGCAUUUCUCUCGAUGAUUUGAGCGUAGUGCUGGAAAGCGCAACAGAUUCUUUGCAAAAUAAAAAGGGGCAUGUGUCUGUGACAUUAAGAUGUUUAGUGUGUCUUUGGUCUACUAUUCGACUAGAAGGUUUGUGUAAGAAUAGGGAUAUUUUAAGGCAAUUUGAUCGUAACAUCAUUUACAUCAAUUCAAACAUCAAAUCCAUCGAGGACGGACCAGCCGCUGACUCAUUAUCUCAACUCCUGACCAUUUUAUCUGAAAUCUGCAUCGAUUAUGGAGAAUUCAAACGACUAGCAAACGUUAUCAGUCUGUUUUUCAAUGCCUCUGUUUUAUUCAAGAGCCAUUCUUUUCUAUUAAAGACCACUUGUUUGGAAAUCAGAAGUCUUUUGCUCGAUAAUGAUUCAAAAGCGACUCAUCGAACUAUAAUGAAAUUUGAAAAAUUCGUAUCAAGCGCCCAGAGUAUUCAAAAAAAGCUUGAGGUUUUCUGCUAUUUGUUCAAUGUAUAUUGUAUGGUACGAAAUGAUUCGUUAUCUUUUAUUUUUGAUUUUUGUCAGAACGUAUUCGUACAUUGUUUCACACGCCUAAAAACCACCAAGUUCAUAGAAUUUUCGAAUUGUUCUGAGGUUAUGCUUUCAAUAUUAUAUGGCAGCUCGUCUAUAGAAAGCAUUCCUUCCGGAACUUGGUCACAGUUGACCAGGAUGAUAUUCUGUUCAUUGAAGGGGAAAUUUGACUUGGAUUCUUCUGCGCUGAACUGUAAAUUGGAUAAACUACACUUACUGAAUAAGUAUGAGCUAUUAAUCAGGAUAGCGUAUUUGCUGAACCUGGAUAUGAGUAAACAUCUAACAACAAAUCUGUCAAACAUAACUAAAAUGUAUAUGAAUAAAUGGCUAAACAGAUCAUAUGACGCAACUGAAAAAAUAUCAUCAUUUGAGGUGAACUUCGUUAAAAUGCUGUUGUGCUACUUAAAUUUUAACAGCUUUGAUAAACAAUCCAUCGAACUCUCACUCCUCAUUAAAUCAAAAGAAAAGUAUUUCUCCAGUUUCACGCUCUACGUUGAUAGCUAUCUACUGGACGCUUAUCUGAGCCUACAUAUGAUUGAUGAUGCGUCUGCGAUAAAAAGUCAACUACAAAGAACGAUUAAUUUACGGACAGCGAAAAUGGAGCAGGCACUAUUGCAUGUCGACACUCUAAUAGAUAUUUACUUGUGGGAGUCUGACCUAACAGCGUUUCAAAUAUAUUUUGGGAAAACGUUGCCUGCUGUGAGGCCUGAAUUAUUUGAUAUUAAUAACGACUACAAGCUACCCAUGUCGCUUUACAUCAAAGUUAUCCUUUUGAACAUAAAACUUUUUAAUGGAAGUGCAAAACUUAAUGUCAAAGCUGGCAACGUGGUAUCCGCUGUGUUGGAUUGUAAAAAAGCACAGAAUUUAUCCUUAUCGCUGCUUAACAAAAAAAGAAAGCUGUCACAAGCAUCGAGACUAGCACUACUAAAAAGUUUAUCAUGUAGUUUUUUCCAACUUAUUAACGUGUAUAUACGUAUUGGUUCUGCCAGAGAUUGUGAAUUUUACAGUAAAGAGUUAUCUAAAAUCCUUUCCGAUUUCGGGGAACCGAUUAUCGUUUACAGAUGUCUCCAUUUUCUUAACAGAUACUAUAUGAUAACAGAGCAGAGCAGUCUUCAAAGCGUAACUUUGAAAAAGGCCAACAAGGCAUUUGAUUACCUAGAUGCUGAGGCAGAUAUUACAAGUUUAACAAUGUUUUUGUACGAUAACGAGGAGUUUGUCAAAUUGGAGCAGUCAUUGGUGCUGUUUUUCGGUGAUCAGCUACCAAAGACAUUCUUACCAAAUCUGUGGAGACUUAACCUCGGUGAAGAUAUUGAUGACAGCAUCUGUUUGCCUGAAUAUAAAGCUAAGAAUAUAAUCAAUAAGGCUAACAAUAUGUGGCGAAAUGUAGUGGGCCAAUUGGAAGAAGAUCCAUUUUUCAAAGGUAUGUUUGAGUCAACCCUUGGAAUUCCCUCCUCUUCACCUUCAGUUCCUAGCACGGUGUCCAGUAAUGUACUUAGAACUCCUUUGAAGCAUAGCACGGUAUUGAAGCUUUGCGAUUCUCCAAGAUCAUCCAACAUGACUCCUAAAGGUAAAAAUAUGAAACAAAAGUUUGAUAGAAUGGACGCCAUCGAUAAAUUAAAAAGGAUGAAGCAGCUUUUGGAAAAUUUAAAAUUGGACUCAUUGGAAAAUCACGAACUGUCAAAAAUCGCCUCCCUAUUUUCACUAACUUUGACCAUUCUUUCAAACAUCACUAAUAUUAAUAAUGUUGAGGUUAAUUUAAUCACUGAUUUUUCUUUAAUUGAUUUGCCGAGGCAUAUGCCAUUGUUAUUUGACAAGGCUUUGAAUAAUAUCGACAAGACGGAUUACAGAAAAUUCCAUGUUUCAUCACUAAUAACAACUAACAGUAUAUCCACUACUACAGAAAAUGACGCAAUAUCAUCCGCUCAACUGGAUAUAAUGGAUAGUAAUUUGGAUAUCAAUGUUAUCACUAUUGACUUUUGUUCUGUAACUGGAAAUUUACUUUUAUCCAAAUUAGAGCCACAGCACAAAAGAAGGGCGCAUUUAAGAUUACCGUUAAUACGAUCGAAUUCAAGGGAUCUCGACGAAGCUCAUUUUUCGUUUCCGGAGGCCAGAAAGGAAUUGAUUUCUAUUAUUAAAGAAAGUAAUGAAACAACAUCAGUAGAGGUCACCAGCAAAAUUAAAACCAGAGAAGAAAGAAAAUCUUGGUGGACCGCAAGGUAUGAGCUAGAUAAAAGAAUGCAAACAUUAUUGAAUAACAUUGAGAAUAGUUGGUUUAAUGGGGUUCAGGGAUUUUUUAGCCCUGAAAUUGUCGAUAGUUCUCUAUUUGUAAAAUUUAAAGACAAGUUUUACGAGAUUUUACAUCAAAACUUGCCCUCUAGGAAACUCUAUGGGAAGCCCACAAUGUUUAUAAAAGUUCAAGACUGGAUAAUAGAAUUAUUCUUAAAACUCAAUCCACAGGACGCUGACUUUCUUUCCAAGAUGGAGGAUCUGAUAUAUUUUGUUCUUGAUAUUCUCCUCUUCCAUGGAGAAGAAAAUGCUUAUGAUGAGAUUGAUUUCAGCAUGCUCCACGUGCAGUUGGAAGAACAGAUAAAGAAAUUUAGAGCAAACAUGACAACCAAUAGUAUAUUCCAUACGUUUUUGAUUGUUAGCAGUUCUUGUCAUUUGUUUCCCUGGGAAUGUCUAACAUUUUUGAGAGACAUGUCAAUUACUCGUGUUCCCUCUUACGUUUGCUUGAAUCAACUUUUAUUACGUUUCCAUUACAAAUUACCCAUUGAUGUGUCUAUUAAGGACAACAUCAGUAUGGUACUGAAUCCAAAUGGUGAUUUGUCAAGAACUGAGUCAAAGUUCAAGGAUAUGUUCCAGAAAAUAAUUGAUACGAAGCCUUCCUCUCAAUUGGUCAUGAAUGAGAAGCCAGAUGAGGAAACCCUUUUAAACAUGUUGCAGAAUUCCAAUUUGUUUGUUUAUAUAGGGCAUGGUGGUGGCGAACAAUAUAUAAGAGGUAAGGAGAUAAAAAAAUGUGUCACAGUUGCCCCCAGCUUUUUGUUGGGCUGUUCUUCAGCAGCAAUGAGGUAUUAUGGCGAGUUGGAACCUACUGGAACAAUUUAUACCUAUUUGCUAGGAGGAUGUCCUAUGGUGUUAGGUAACCUUUGGGAUGUGACUGAUAAAGAUAUCGAUAAGUUUAGCGAGGAACUUUUUGAAAAGAUGGGACUUAGCGGCAGUACUGCUGAUUUGAAUGACUGUAAUUUAUCUGUCUCACAUGCUGUCUCCAAAUCCAGGACCGUGUGCCAUUUACGUUUUCUGAAUGGUGCAGCUCCUGUUAUCUAUGGGUUACCAAUAAAAUUCACGUUGUGA